AUGAAGCUGCUCUCCGUCCUCAUCGCUCUAUUGCCGUUGGUAUUCGCCGGACUCGUCAACGGCUACGUGAGCCCCAAGCUCUGCACCGGCACGUGCACCAACGCACACGACCCGUCCAUCAUCCGUCGCGACGACGGUACCUACUUCCGGUUCUCCACGGGCAACAAGAUCGCCAUCCACUCGGCCCCAGCGCUGACGGGUCCGUGGACGUACCUCGGGGCUGCAGUUCCUGGUGGCUCGACGAUCAACCUCGCGGGUAAAGAUGACCUAUGGGCCCCGGACGUUCACAAGGUUGGUGACUACUACUACCUCUACUACUCCGUGAGCUCCUUCGGGACGCAGAACUCCGCUAUCGCUCUGACGCGGUCGAAGACCAUGGAGGCCGGCUCUUGGACGGACCUGGGCAGUAUUGGUGUCACGAGCGACUCGUCUAAGAAGUACAACGCCAUCGACCCGAACCUGUUAUACAGUAAUCUGCCCGAGUAA